AUGUGGACUCCGUGGCCCAGAAACCUGGGAAAUAGACACCACUGCACUUACCGGCCUGAUGAUGAUGAUGGCGAUGAUACAAGUUUUCGCUGUACACGGGUGUGAUCAAAAAACAAAGCUGAGUGUCCACUAUGUAAGCGGCCAUUUGAUUCUAUUUUCCAUUCUGUGAGGGCAGAUGAUGACUUCAAGGAGUAUGUCCUAAGGGCUUCAUAUGAUGUUCUGCUGUUUGAUGGUCGCUCCCGUACAACUGUGACAAGGGAACAAAAUGUUUCUGUACCUAGUGGUGCCGCGAACAGAACAACUCCACCAGAUGCUGGAGUUCUAUUUGAAAUGUUAGGCAUUUGAACAAGAGGUAAAGAUGUGGCAAUUCCUGAGUUACUGAGUCAGCCUGCAAUAGCGAGGCCAACUACUGCCCAUGAAAUAUCUUUGCCGACAGUUGAAGAACAAGAUGUUAUUAACUUUACACAGGCUCUCUAUCGUGCUGGGGCUCAAGUUAGAAGUGUGGAAGAAGAUGGCCGCUACAGGGAAAAUUCAGCUGAAUUUUUCCAUAGAAAUCCAGCUUCCCUGUGCAGAUUAGUGCCCUGGGUAAGACGGGUACUUAGAGUUCUUUCAGGAGCUAACGAAUCUUCAGUGGAUAUCAUCCAGCACAUCAUCAUGACUAAUGUUACUCGCUAUGAUUUGGACAGCCAGGCAUUUGUGUCUGAUUUAAGACCAUUUUUACUUAAUCUAACUGAGCAUUUUGUACAUGAAUUGAUCAGUUUUGCUUGAUCUCCUUUUCGCAUGGCAGUCUUUGACCAACGUAUUGAUUAUGAUUACCCUGCGCCUUCCAAUGAAGAAGGCAGCCAUUCUGACUCUUCAGUAAUAACAAUAUCUCCAGAUGAGUCUGAGACCCAAGAGCUGGAUAUUGAUGUAGCCACUGUUAGUCAGGCACCAUGGGAUGAUGAAACACCGGGACCAUCUUACGCUAGCUCAGAGCAGGUACAUGUUGCUAUGUCUUCCCUUUUAAAUGCCUCUGACGGUGCAGAUGAAGAACUGGUCACAGGGGCAGCCACGUCUCAGAUUCAAGGAGUACAAACCGCUGAGGACUUAAAUAAUGACAGUGAUUCUUCUUCAGAUGAUUGUGUCAUUGUUGGGUUUGUUAAACCACUAGCUGAAAGGACCCCAGAACUUAGGAUCCCAGAACUUGUUGAACUGUCUUCCGAUUCUGAGGACUUAAGUGGUCAGGAGGAAACGGAGACAGCGGAGACCCGGGAACAAGACCAACCUUCCAGUUCUGGUGACAGUCAUCUUUGUAGAUAUUCAUCUCCGCUCUCUCUCCUUGCAACCGAGGAGGAAAUAAAUGAAGGUCAUCCUGAUUCAUCAAAGCAGGAAGAGGAACCAUGUACAUCGUCAUCGGCUAGAGUCUUGAGCUCAUCUCUGGGCACAGACAGAGCAUAUUCUCCAAAUGGGCAUAGUUAUCGGAAAAGGGGAAGAUCAAGAAGUUCACGUUCAAAGUCCCAGAGUACAAGUGACUCUGAUAACAAUCCUAGAAAGCAUCCUGGGAAGAAAAGAAUGAAAACCAAAAGAUUCAGAAGCAGGCGAAGUAGGCAAAGUAGCCCUAGAGGGAGAAGAGACAAAAAGAGAUCCAGAGCUAGAGAUAUCACAUUGUCCAGCAGCAGCCAAACUCUAUGUCUAAGUAGUGAAAGCACAAACAGAUCACGAGGUCGUAGUAGUGACUGCGGCAGAAGGAGGUCACGGAGCAGAAGUGGAGAUCGUUAUCAUUUCAGAAAUGAUGAUGGAAGCAGCUAUACGUGGGACAGGGAUGACUAUGAAUCAUCUUAUGGGAGCAGCACUCUGUCCAGUGCUCAUUAUUCCAGCCAAUCUUCAAGUCCAGAAUCUGGAAUUCAGUCCUUCUCUGUAAGAAAAAAUACCAGGGAGAAAACCAAUCCCAGACAAAGAAAAUAUGACUACGAUGAAAGGAACCUGUCUAGUAACAGGUCAACAACUUCAUCUACAGCGCCCGGGCAGGUGGAAAAUGAAAAAUCUGGAGGGAAACGAAAAUACAAAACACGGCAUUUGGAGGGUACUAAUGAAGUGUCUCAAGCAUGUCAUGAAUUUUCAUCUGCUGUAAAGGAGAGUCAUUACCAAAAGUCUUCCUCAGAAUUGGAUGAAAACUACAAAAACGAGAGUGACAGCUUUUCAGACAGCCUAUCGUCAGACGCAGAGACGAAACGCAAGAGGAGAAAAAGGGCCCGGAGCCCGAGUGCAGAGAUAGUUUAUGAAGGACAAGCUACUGAUACCACCAUACAUCACGAAAAGAAACAGAAGAAACACCAUGGAGACAGUACUUCGCAGUCCCCAGUUGUGAUCGUCAUCGACAGUGACAGUGACAAGGAUUCUGAAGUAAAAGCAGAUGCAGAAUACGACACUAAUGGGGAGCCUGGGCCAGAGCGCAAUGAGGUUGUCUCCAUCCUGCUGUCUGACUCAGAGGUGGAGGAAACUGGAAACAUCAGGACACUGUGGGUUACGAGCUUGAAAAUCAGACACACUGGGAGCCUGCAAACCAAAGGGAUGACAGCAAAGGGACGCGAUGCUCAUGGGCAGCCCCCAGCACCAGAAAAUCACGUGGGAGCUGAAGACUUUCUGUUCGUCCCACUGUUCCCUGCAGAACGUCUGGGAAGCAAUUGUUCCGUUGGGCCAAUGUGCAUCGUUUUAUCAGCAAGAACCGUCUCGGGGUGGCUAAAACACAGGGCUGCUCCAUGGGGCCUGAGUCAGACAACACCAGCCCCAUCCGUCUGCAGGCACAGUGUUACUCUGUGA